CUAAAGCAACAGUUGCGAUCCAGUCGUCGCGGAGUGAGUGUGUUUCGCAUUUUUAAUUCUAGUUAUGUAAAAAAAUAGUGAUUUAAAUGAUUAAAAUUGUGAUUUAUUUUAUUAGUUUAUAUUGUUUAAAGAAUAUUUCUUCGUUAAAAUGGACAACGCAUCAGUAUCAAAGGGCGUUUUUGUACAUAAAGGUGCAUAUAAAAUUGGAAAUAAAAAAACAAAAUUUGAACAACCAGAUUAUAUAAAUGAACCAUGGCACCUUACUUAUAAAGAAACGUGGGAUGGCAUUCAAAAUGCCAUGGAGGACGUAAGAUUAAGUAUGUUCCAAGAAAUUUUAAAUAAUUUAGAAUCUUUUGUUAGUAAAGUCAAAGAUAAACCAAUAGAACAACUUGAUGAAAUACAGGCGGCUAUUGUGUUAGCAGGAGUUAAUGUCUCUGAUCAUAAAGAAAUGUUUCAAAGAAUAGUUUCUAAGUUAGAAGUGAAAACAAAGCAUAUAGCAGUUCUAUGGAGCAGAGAUUCAAAUAAUAUAAAAGAUAUUACAGAAAAAUCAAUUUAUCAAUUGAUAAAUAAUGGAGAGGAUGAGGAUACGCAUAUUAAAAAGAAUCAAUGUCAUAUGAGAGCUUUAAAAGCAUGGCACCAAGAGCAUUGUGAUCAAAAUGAUCCUCUUAUUAUAAUAUUAACUGAUUUUGAAAGUAUUCCUGCUUCGGUAUUACAUGAUUUUAUUUUAAUCUUAAGUGCAUAUGCAAAUUCGAUGAAAUUUAUUCUUAUUUUUGGUGUUGCAACCACUUUAUUUGCCAUUCAUAGAUCUUUAACAUAUGAUGUUACAUCAAAGUUAAAUGUUCAAGUAUUUCAAACAAAAAAACAAAUUGACGUAUUAUCAGAUGUAUUAGAAAAUACUGUUUUUGAUACAAAUAUUCCAUUUAAGUUGACUGGACGCGCGUUUCAAUUAUUAACAGAUAUCUUUUUAUUUUAUGAUUUUUCUGUACAGAAUUUUUUUUUAAGUUAUAAGAUAUGUAUGAUACAACAUUUUUAUGCAAAUAAUGUAAAUUCUCUUUGUUGUCAACCGCACAAAAUAGAAAAUAGGAUAUCUUCAUUAACAGAUGAAGAUUUGAAUGAAAUUAAAAAAUUACCCUCUAUAGAAAAACAUAUUCAACAAUUGACAAAAAAAGGGAACAAAGAUGAAUUACUUGAAAACAGUAAAUUUAAGGAAAUAUUGAUCCAAGUUUUAAACAAUUUCCAUCAAUAUAUGCAUCGGUUUUUGUUAAUACUCAGAUGUUUGCACGAUUUCGUGUCGACAUUACCAAAUGCACCAAUGGGUAAACAGCUACGUGAAUUUUACACAACAGUGGUUUAUUUGAAUAAUCUGAAAGAAUCUCAAGAAUACAAAGAAUGUUUGCAAUUAUUGACCUUUUUAUCCAAGCAGGAACUGCUUUCAAAAUUGAACUCUUUAAUAGCAAUUAUCGCAAGUUCAAAAGAUUCAGAUAUGAUAAAAGUCAAAAAAGAUUUGCAGAGUUUUGAGAAAAGAAUUGAUGAAUCGAGUUUAGAAGUUGCAGAAAAACCUGUAGAUAUUGUUUCUACGGGUGAAAGACUCAGUCGACUUCAGUUGAAAGAGAAAUUGUUGAAAAUGUCUAAAACACACUCUAAAUCGCCUUAUAAAAUAGCACAGCAAGAUUUGAUCGAUUAUUUGGACCAGAAAAUAUUUUCUGUUUAUUUGGUUAAUCCUAAUUAUAUACCAGGAAAUGAGAUAUUUUGUUUCAACGAUGGCAAUUUAGCGAAGCAACAUAUUCGAGGAUCUUUGAGAUCUGCGAUUCAUACUGGACUAAACAAUCCACAAGUGUACUUAAACUGCGGGUGUUGCAAAUUGGAGAACGACGACGCCAUUCCGUCCACGCUGCCUGACCUCAGUAUAAUUUACAAGCUGCACUUGGAAUCCAGGAAACUGAUCAAUAUGUACGACUGGCUCCAGAAAAAUUAAAGCAAUACGAUCCUCGACAAACCAGUUCCUCGAACAAGACCACUUCUUCUAACCACAGAUUAUUAGAAUAUAUCAGACCAAUUAUCCAUCCUCGAAAUGGAUUGGACGAGUCAGUAAAGAGAAUGGACCGUGCUCCUAUUUGUCAACAUAAUUUCUUCCGUGAAUUGAGCCCUAAUCAGAUGUUAAACGAGCUUCUCUAAAACUUAGCCAAUAUGAUUAGACAAAUGAAUGGGUAUGAUAUGAAACCGUGAAACGAAGCAACAAAAUUUAAUUAUUUGAAAAUGUAAUCGAGAGUCAAGAGUCGUAGCUAACGUAGUUAUAUUUACGGGGAAAAUUUCAUUUCUUGAUCCACGUUGUUCGAAGCAAGGGAUCAGAACAAGGUAUACUUGAUUAUUUCACGGGGCAAGAUUAUAAGUGUUUGCCGUGACUUAAUUGACAUUUUCCAUGGAUCUUUAGCAAGAUUGCCUUCGACGUUCACUUAAAUGACUCGGGAGAUAGAUAGGCUAAUUUAAAUUUAAUUUGUGACAAAUUAUUAUUGGAAUAGAUGUUUCUAAAAUAUAAAAUUUGUUUAAGCAAUUCUAUCAUGGAAGAUGAGCAUGGAUGCUUGUAAAGUACGGAAUCAAAGUAGAAUUGUUUAAUUUAGGAUUCGUAGAAAUGAUAAUCCAUUGUUCUUCUUUUUUUUUUUUUUUUUACUUUGUCUUGCCAAGUUUAUGUUUGGAACUUCCAAUGCAAAAACUAUACUAUUGAAAGACAAAUGAAAUUUUUGAAUACAUCUUUGAUUUUAUCUUUGAUUUUAUAUUAAAUUUAUUCUACUUUUACUGUACAUAUAUAUAUCCCUCUGGUAGAUUCAAAUUCAGUCACAAGAGAUGUUUGGAAGAGAUAUCUUCAAAAUACAUUUGGGAUUAGUGUCAAAGUAGAAGAGAUCUAUUUCUACUUUGUAAGUCAAAUUUGGAUUUACUAUUUAAACUCAAUUUUCUUUUCUUUUCAUAGUAUUUGGUACAAAGAUAUGGAUUACUUUUAUCUAAAAAAAUCACUCGUUCCAUUUUUAGGCGAAAAUCUUAUUAAAAAUUAGUUCAAGUUAGCAAUUAGGUUAGGUUUCUAGGUCAAAGAAGGAACAAUGGAACGCCCUUGAAUCAAAAAGCUCUCAAAGUGUUAUUUUAGCAUCUAAUUCCACUCUAGUUUUUUAAUUGACAUUCACAAGAAAAUAAUUUACAAAA